GCCUACCCUGAAAAUGCUUAGCCUCUGCAGGCAACGUCAGCAAAUCACGAGCUCAAUAAGGUGAGGUAUGCGGGCAACGCAAUGGCAUCGACGUGUGUACUGCAGGUUUGCCGAAGAAGACAUGACAUACCAGUAGAGCAAGCCGUUUAUUUAAGUCAACCUCAUAAUCCAAUUUUGAGAACUUGGGGAUUUUGAUAUACAAGCUUCACGCAUCUACAUUGACAUUCCCAACCGCCUCUGAAACUGCAUAAGCCCACCGCAAUCAUGCCUCAGGGAACAUUACCUUUGAAUGGCGAAUCAAUGCCAACAUUCAUGCCAGCAUACUCAAGAGCAAGAGGAAUCUUUACCAAUACUACUGCAGUCGGCAUCUCGUAUCGCGUUGCCGCAUCUCAGGUCGCCCAUCUUGUCCCAGAUAUUCUCGAACUGGAGGAAGAGCCACUGAUGACCUCUCUGUUUCUCAGCUACGGAAUGAGCCCUGUUGGGUCCUACACUGAAUAUGCUCAUCAGGUAGAGGUUACCUACAAGGGCAAGAAGUUUCACUAUAACCUUCUGUUCAUUCUUGACAACGACGCCGCCAUUUUCGCUGGUCGCGAGCUCCUUGGCUUUCCCAAGGUACUUGGAAAGAGUGUUAUUCAAGAGUUUACAGGUACCCGGCUUGUCACCGGCAGCACGGAGAGGCCUGUUGGAAGAAAGAUGGUCGAGUUUGAGUUCGUUCCUGAGAAAAUGGUCACCAACGCGCCCCUACAAGAUAGGUGGAUGCUCAAUCUGCGCAGUAUCCCAUCGCCUCAAGUUGGUCAGCCCCCAUCUGUUCAAGAAUUCCUCCCUGUUGGUCUGGGGAUGAAGUGCGAUGAGGUUUGGACGGGAAUCGGUUGUGUUCACUUUCCGAGGAAAUCAAUGUCUGAUCCUUGGGUUAACUUGGACAUAUUGAGAUAUGAGGGGAGCUUUAUGGCAAGAAACGCGACCGCUGAGCUGCUUGUUCGACAACCUUCUCAGUAAUUAGUGUGUUAUCAACGACCUUGAAGGCUAUGUAUUAAGGUGUUUUAAAGCUCCUAUCCCUAAUCUUAGCAAUAAAUCUAUAUAUUUCUAUUCUUAAAUGACUUAUUUACCUCGAAGCCUUUUUUCAGAACUUAGGGUAAUUAAUCCUAGAGCGGCUUU